AUGAUGAAGGGGAGGACGCUGUUCAAGAGCCCUCUCCCCCGCAGCCACCUCUCCGACGCCUCCAGCGCCGCAUCGGCAUCGGCCGCCGUCGCCACUCACCGCCUCUACCAAGUCUGGAGAGGAAAAAAUAGAUUCCUCUGCGGCGGUCGGAUCAUCUUCGGGCCGGAUGCCAGCUCCAUCGUGCUCACGGUGGCGCUCAUCAUGACGCCGCUCGCGCUCUUCGUCGCCUUCGUCUCCUUCCGGCUCGCAGAGCUCAUCGGGAAGCCGUUCGGUCCCGCCGUCCCGGCGACGGCCAUGGCCGUCGGCGUAUUCGACGUCGUGGUGCUGGUGCUGACGUCAGGCCGGGACCCCGGGAUCAUCCCGCGGAACGCGCGGCCGCCGGAUCCCGAAGACUACGCCGGGACGGACAGCUCGGCGUCCCCCGCGGCGGCCAGCGGCGGCGGAGGCAGGGGAGCGUCGUGGCCGCUGCCGCCGACGCGCGACGUGUACAUGAACGGCAUGGUGGUGAAGGUGAAGUAUUGCCACACGUGCAUGCUGUAUCGGCCGCCUCGCUGCUCGCACUGCUCCGUCUGCAACAACUGCGUGGAGCGCUUUGACCACCACUGCCCCUGGGUCGGCCAGUGCAUCGGCAAGAGGAACUACCGGUUCUUUUUCAUGUUCAUCUCGUCGACGACGUUCCUGUGCCUGUACGUGUUCGGCUUCUGCUGGGUGAACCUGUACCUCAUCACCCGGCAGUACGACUGCAGCUUCGGCCGCGCCGUGGCCGAGUCGCCGGUGUCGGGUUUCCUCAUCGUCUACACCUUCGUCACCGCCUGGUUCGUCGGCGGGCUCACUGCGUUCCACUCCUACCUCGUCUGCACCAACCAGACCACGUACGAGAACUUCCGGUACCGGUAUGAGGGGAAAGGCAACCCCUUCAACCGCGGCGCCGCCGCCAACAUCGCCGAGAUCUUCCUGUCGCCGAUCCCGCCGUCGAGGAACGACUUCCGGGCGAAGGUCUCCCUCGCGGACCCGGACGCCGCGGCGCUCUACUACUCGCUCGGCCCGCUGUCGUCGGAGUCCAGGGUGAGCUUCUACACGAGGGACAGCCUCAGCUUUGACAUGGCCAAGGCCAGCUUCGACCUCGACUACUCCGCCAAGCGCCCCAGCGUCGCGUCCUCCGACUUCGGCGAAAUCUACGGCCAGGGCCACGGCGCGCUCGACCGGUGCGCCACGCAGCAGCAGCAGCAACCGCGGCACUCCAUCUUCGGCGGCCCCGGCAGGGAGAGCAGAAAGGUGGACGACGAAGCGGACGGGGUCCAGGCGGAGCUCGGGGCGGUGAUGCAGUAUGGCGCCGCCGCCGGCCGGCCGCACGGGAGGGAGUUCGAGGCGGUGUGA